AUGAAAGAGCUUAUGUUUCGAAUCAUCCUUUUAUUCUUCUUCAUAAAUUCAACAUUUGGAGAUGAUUUCACUUCUGAAGCAUUCGAAAAUGCUGUUAAAAUAACGAAAGAUUACGUCGAAGCGUUGAGACAAAAUAAUGGAAAUCUUUCGAAAAUGUUUGACGAUAAGUUUAAACUUACUUCGAAGUGCCAAACCAAAACAGUCACUCUAGAUGAAAUGUUGGAUUUUCGAAAUGAGUAUACAAAUCCUGCACCAAUCAGAGAUUAUACCGUGAAACCGAAUGUUACAUUAAAUAAUGAUCUUUUAAAAUGGGAAGUUCAUAUUGGGUAUGAAUUCAAGAUUUUUAUUGGAGCGAAACGCAAUGAAAUCGGAGAAUUUAGAAUAUUGACUCAACAUAUAUGGUAUGAAUCUUGUGCGAAAUAUAUUCAAAGUAAAGUAGACAUAAUUCCAUUAAUUGAUCGAGAUGUAUAUAACAGUGCUAAACUAGUAUUGAAACAAUUGAUUAAUAUUUCAAUCGAUGACACAGUUCUAGAUCCUAAUUUCAAUCUAUAUCGAAAAGAUAGCAAAGUAUUCUCGAAGCGUCAAUUCGUAAAAAUUCAUAAGGAAUAUCGAGACCAAACAAAUAUGAGUACUCUGCAAUUUGAUGUUCACAACGUAAGGAUGAAGUAUCCAAACAAUGGUGUCUUUUUGUUCGAAGCUCAACUUAAUGGUGAUACGAUUGAAGCGGACCGAAGGGACCAUAAAAUUAAAAAAAUAACAAACAGGAUAAAUUCGCAAGGUCAAUCAAGUUUUCUUAUUCCCGAGGAAAAAAUUGCGCAAAAAAUAGCCAAAGAUCUGAUGACGAAAUAUUUGGAAGCUGUUCGGGAUAAUGAUUUGGAAUUAUUUCGAACUGUUACUUCGGAUACCUUCGAAGCAUUUGAUAUGGUGAAUCAAAGUUUUCACAUGUUGCGUGACACCUUUUUCAAAGCUGUACUUGGGAAUCUGAAAUCUCGAAACAAGACAAGCAUGAAUUCUUUGUUUGUGGAGAAAUUCGAUAUAUUCACAGGAGAUAUGUCAUUUAGGGUUGUGACAAGUCACGGGAAUAGCACAUUCCAUACUAAACGCGAAUAUGGAAAAAUUGUUCUUCGGUCAGAAAAUAUUAAAUACUGGUCGGAUUGUGACAAUGUCACGUUUGAUGCCAAUUACAAAACAUAUAACGAUGCAAUUGUAUAUGAUCUUCAAAAUGUGAUCAUUCAAUAUGUUGAUGCGAUUAAUAAUCGAAAUAUUCAUGAAUUCGAGAGUGUCACAUAUCCAGGUUUCAUGAUCGAUAAACAAAAAUUUAAAUGUUUCAAUGAUUCUUAUCCAAGCGUUUUUCCGGAAUUAACUGUCACCUCAUGGCAUUUGACAGUUCUCAAUGAUCGUUUGGAAUUCAGAGCACAGGGAGCAUUCUCAACUGAUCAUGCAUAUAGUGUGAAAAUAUUACGUGGAGCUUAUUAUUUGAUAAAAGAAGAAAGAAUGAGUAAUUGGAAAGAUAAAUAUAUAGAGAAGGCAAAAUUGUUAAACUAA